AUGCCUGAGUGGCUGAAGAUUGAUCCGAACGAGAUACGUGAUCGCCUGUCGGAUGGAUACGAUCGCGUCAAGAGAGAGUGGUCCGAGAGGGAUCGUGUCUGGUUGAACACGUUACAGGACAAACUGAAGAAGUUCGAGGGAAUGUGGCAACGCGGUUUCGUUCCAACUGAAGGUCCGCAUUUAUUGCUUAGCUAUGGCAAGUUUUUUGAUCUGUUAGCUGAUCUGUUGACUGAUCAAUUUGAUCUGUUGACUGUUUUUGAUCUGAUUGAGUUGAAGUUGAGUUGA